UGCUGAGUUUGAAAAGGUGUUUGUUUGGAUGCGUGAAAACGUGACAAAAUGUGGGUUGUGACACACUUUUAACGUUGACAUUUUCGGUAUUUUAUAACUAUAAAAGUUAUGACAGCUUUGUCUCAUACUCAUGCUUUCAAACAUCUUAAAAGUCAUUUGUCUCCAACUGUUGAUUCCAAAGAGAGGAAUUCGGAAGUACCUGGGAAAUCAGCCGUCUUUUGGAUGUUUACUCGCACUGUAAAAGAAUUGUAUGUAGAAGAAAAUAAGCCUGCUGAUGCGUUGAAUUAUUUUAUUGAAGCCGUUACCUUUAAAUCUAGAGAGAUAAAACUCCUUUAUAACAAAUACAGAAAUUAAAAUUUGUAAUUCAAGAUUUAGAGACAGAAAAUAAGUAUUUGAGAGAGAAGCUUGAGAAGAAAAAUCAUCUACUGAGCAGAUUUAUUCCCCUUUCUUUUUUUCAAUAUAUGCAUUAGCGAUGAGUUUAUUUUGCAUAUCUAAUUGAUAGCUUAAUUGUGCUUCAUAAUGGUACGAGUAAAAUACAGAUAUAUUCUUGCCGAAAUUUUGACCGAGCAAUAUAAAAAUAAGCUUAAGCUGCCCUUGAAAGAAUAUGAUCUAAAACAAGCGAUACUUGCUGCUGUAGAACAAAAUCAUGGUGAUUAUGGAUUAGCAUGUAUUCAUGCUGGUUUUUCUAUAAAGGUUUAUAAUCCAGCUACUAGAAUCCUCAUUUUACGAGUUCGGCGUUGUGCUGUUUUGGUAUUAAGCACAACACUUCCUUUAAUAACUACAGCCGGAAAAAUUCAACUUGCAUUUCGAACUCUUCGUUUAACUGGAACAAUACGUAGUGCUUUUAAGUUUUUAAUAGAUUUUGACAAAAAGAAAUUAAUGGAACUAGUCAGCAAGCAUAAAAUUUCUUCUGAGCAUGAAAAGCAAUUAUCAGACAUGAUUAUGAAAUGCCAUAAGAGACUGGCUAAAAGAAAGUUUGAGGAUCAAUGACAAAUUCAGAUUUAUGUUUGUUUUGUGUUUUCUCAGUAUUGUGCUGCAUGCUUCAUAGAAAAAUUAAAUUUUCAUUUUUUUGUCAAAGUAUGUUAAUAAUCUUGACUUAAGAAAUGUUUUUUAUACCGUGACAUUUUCUGACCAUGUGAAAGCACUUUAUAAUUUUUGUUAUAUCACUAGUGUGUGAUUUACAAUAUUAUUCUAAAAGAAAAAAAAAGGAUUAUAAGGAUUAUAAUCUGUGCUUUUUGUAUUUUGAUCACGUUUGCUGUUUUUCUGAAUAAUUAAAUGAACUAAAUCUCUGCAUGUUGAAUUAAAAGCUAAAAUUUUACAUAUUUGUGUGCAAUCUUCAACUGCUUGUUUAUUAUCAAAUUUUUAUCAUUUUACAUAACUGACA